CUUCACGCUCUGCAUCAUUACCAUCACUGCAAAAUUAAACACCAAUCAUCUUUUAAGCUUUGUUCUUUCUUCUCGAAAUUACAGCUACAAAUUCAAACUUUUUUCAGCUUAGUUCUGCUUAUUUGCAACUAUCACUAAGAAGAUGCCGAAGAAAAAUGGUGAUGUUUCUCGUAGAGCAUGGAACUUGUUACGUGCAGCAUUGUUAUGGGCAAGAAAAGGGGGAUUGUUUAAGAGACGUUUGAUGAUGGAACUACGUGUGCUUCCAAAAUUCAUCAGAAGUUUAGGUCACAAUACUCCACCAGACCAAAUUUAUUAUGGAGAGCGGGAGCUUUCCUUUGACAAGACACCCAUUUUCAAAGUGAAGAUGCAUCGUCUAGCUUCCAUGAGAUUUCUUAUUCCUUGCAUAGACCCGCCAGUUGACUUUGAUUAUGAUUUUGAUCUUGAUGAUGAUGAUGAAGAUGGAGAUGGUUACGAUUAUGGAAGAAAGAGUUACUUGGAAAAUGAAGAACAAGUAGUAGAAGAAGAGAAAAUUCCAUUAGAGGAACAAGGAAUUGAUCUGAGAGCGGAGGAGUUCAUAGCUAAGUUUUAUGAACAAAUCAAAAUGCAAAGACAGAUUUCAUAUUUGGAGUACAAUGAGAGCCUAAAUAAAACCACAACUUGAGUUCACCAUCUGUUUCUUCUAGUAAUUUGUUCAUUAUUUCGUCAUUUUGUAGAUAAAAGCUUUUAUUGUGCUCAACUGUUUACAAAUAAACCAUUUAUGUAUGUAUUUUCAAGAGAGUGAAUAUAUAAUUCAUUAAAUUAUUUAA